AUGAACAUGUGAAUAUUUUUUUAAAAAUGUGUCAUCCUAAACAGAAAGCUUUAUCACAAAGUUUAAUUGAUGAAGAUCCAUUUUUAUAUUUAAAAAUUGAGGAUACAUCAAUAUUAGAUUCCAUAGAUUCUCGACGUCCAUGUACAAAAUGCUGUAAAUCGAGAAAAUAUUUUUGCUAUACAUGUUAUGUACCUGUUCAAGAUUUACAAGGAAAAUUGCCAGUUGUUAAGUUGCCGUUUAAAAUCGAUAUAAUCAAACAUAAACAUGAAAUCGAUGGGAAAAGUACAGCGAUUCAUGCAUCAAUUUUAGCCGAACAGGAUGUAACCAUCUACACAUACCCAGAUAUACCCGACUACGAUGCUGAAGAUAUAUCAAAAACUGUGUUAAUAUUUCCAUCGAAUGAUGCGUUAAAUAUCGAACAAUUAUUUAUGAAACAAUUAAAUAGUCCUGAAUUUCAACAGCCAUCGUUAGCGACAAUACCAAAAGGUUAUAAUCGUAGUACGCUAUUGAAGAAUCGUAUUUGUACGAGUAACGAGCAUAAAAUCGAUCCAAUCGCAUAUAAUUUAGAUAAAUUACCAAUAGAUCGAGCGGUUUUUAUCGAUAGUACAUGGCAUCAAAGUAAAGGGAUUUAUAAGGAUGAUCGAAUUAAACGAUUACAAUGUGUGGCGUUACAAAAUCGUGUAUCACAAUUUUGGCGACAUCAGAAGAACAGUCCACGAUGGUAUUUAGCAACAAUUGAAGCGAUCCAUCAAUUUUGUGUUGAAAUGCAUAUAAACGCAUGGGGCUUUAAUAAAAACUAUUAUCCAGCGUUGCAAUAUUUAUUUUAUGAUACAACAUUUUUAAAUGGAAAACAAAAUGAAAGUAAUGAAGAUUGUUUGAAGAAUAAUGAUAGGUUAGAAAGUGAUCGAUUGAAUAGUGUUCAUAGUACAGUGUUGCCAUCUGGUUACAAUGGACAAUAUGAUAAUUUAUUGUAUUUUUUUAAAUAUAUGCAUGGCAAGAUACAUUUAUAUUACAAUCAUACCGAUUUACAAGCGUACAAAAGACCUGUUUUAUAAAAAUUUAAUAAAUUAAAGUUUUAUUUUA